ACACGGCGCCGAGCUCUUCCCGGGGCCUGGAAACGAGCUCCGCCCCCCGAAAAGCCCCCCUUGUCGGCGUCUCCUCCACCCAGCGCGCGCGCGCCAAUAAAUGGCGCAACCUCGCCAAGCGCACCGCCCGCGACGUACGUUCGAUUCCCCAUUCCAGAUCGCCCGAGAGAGAGAGAGACCAAGGCAACAGAUAAAUUAAAUGUCGCAGCCCAAGAUGGCGACGACGACCGCCGUGGCGGUCGCCAUGCUGGCCGUGGCGACCCUCGCCGGCGUCGCGUCGGGCGAGAAGGCCGGCGGUUUCGUCGUCACCGGGCGCGUCUACUGCGACCCCUGCCGCGCCGGGUUCGAGACCAACGUCUCCAAGAGCGUACCGGGCGCGACGGUGGAGGUUGUGUGCCGUCGGUUCGGCAGCAGCAAGGAGACGCUCAAGGCGGAGGCGACGACGGACGAGUACGGGUGGUACAAGCUGGAGAUCGACCAGGACCACCAGGAGGAGAUCUGCGAGGCGGUGCUGGCCAAGAGCUCCGACCCGGCGUGCGCCGAGGUGGAGGAGUUCCGCGACCGCGCCCGCGUCCCGCUCACCUCCAACAACGGCAUCAAGCAGCAGGGCGUCCGCUACGCCAACCCCAUCGCCUUCUUCCGCAAGGACCCGCUCGCUGACUGCGGCACCAUCCUCAACAAGUACGACCUCAAUGACGCAACGGAGACGCCAUGAUUGAUUCAGCGUCUGCGUGCUUAACAUACAUGAUACACACAUACAUACAUAGGUGUCUGUCUCCGGUAUGCUCAGCCGCCGGCCGGCCGGCGUCGGAGAAGAUGGUGGUACAGUGUUUGUGUAGCCGUCGAGUGGGCGUUUUCGACUUCUAGUGUACACUGGGAUCUGUCACUUGGGCGGGCCUCAUCAAUUUAAUUUGCAUGCACAUUCUUAUUAUAUAUACUACGAUAUGAUGCUGCUUCUUCUUCUUUUAUCUUUUUUCCUGUCUUCUCCAUCUCCUCAUGUACUUCAACCACGCACCUUGAUUGAUUAAGGCUUUGUUUAGAUGUAUAAAAUUUUAGCUGUAAAGUACUGUAGCA